UUAAAGUGAAGCGUCGAGUAGAACGUGUCAGGCAGGUUCUGACACCCCAAACUCAACGAUUUUUUAUGUUUAUUUGUGUUUAAUGUGACGUUUUAUUAUUCUUUUAUUUUUGAAUCUUUUAGACCAUCGCUUGAGCAACUAACUGAAGUUCAGCUUGUAAAACUGCCUAAACAAGAAGGACAAGCUUGGAAUUAGAGGACAUCAGUCACAGCUGUCCAGACACCCUCCAAUUCAGGAACAAGUUCUUAAAAAAUCUCUUUUGGCUUUUGGUUUGGAGAAGUGAAGGAGCAGUGAGCUACUUUGAGGACGACUAUGCACCGUUUUUGGACUUGUGCUUCUCGGCUUCGGCCGCGCACAGUCGCCCAGAAUGCUCAGAGCUGUUUGCAGCAGAUGUUGAUGGCUGGUUCAGCCAGGACAUUUCAGCCAGUUAGGUGCUACACAUCACCUAUCGUUGCUGAGCCGAUUCUUAAGGAUACAAGUACUAACUAUAUGGAGGAGAUGUACUACGCAUGGUUGGAAAACCCCAGGAGUGUACAUAAGUCAUGGGAUGACUUUUUUCGCAAUGCCAAUGCAGGUGCGUCUCCAGGUGCUGCUCAUCAGAGCCCCCGUCCCUCCGGGGUUCAUUCUGUUUUGCCUCAAACCCAGGCACUCCUUAAAGGUCACCCUAAAGUGGAGAAGCUGGUAGCAGACCACCUGGCUGUGCAAUCACUCAUCCGGGCAUACCAGAUACGUGGACAUCAUGUUGCCCAGCUGGACCCCUUGGGAAUAAUGGAUGCUGAUCUUGAUUUGUGUGUCCCUGUGGAUCUCAUCACUUCUUCUGAUAAACUCGGUUACUAUGGUCUGUCUGAGUCAGACCUGGACAAAGUCUUCCGGCUCCCCACUACCACCUUCAUUGGGGGCGGUGAAAGCACCCUUCCACUCAGGGAAAUCAUCCGUCGCUUGGAGAUGGCGUACUGUCAGCACAUUGGAGUGGAGUUCAUGUUCAUUAAUGAUGUGGAGCAAUGCCAGUGGAUCAGGCAGAAGUUUGAGACGCCUGGCAUGAUGCACUUUACUCCAGAGGAGAAACGGAAUUUAUUAGCUCGCAUGAUCCGCUCUACCAGGUUUGAGGAGUUCUUGCAAAGAAAGUGGUCCUCUGAAAAGCGUUUUGGCCUGGAGGGAUGCGAGGCCCUCAUUCCUGCCCUCAAAACAAUCAUCGACAAGUCCAGUGAGAGUGGUGUCGAGAGUGUGAUCUUGGGAAUGCCCCACAGGGGUCGUCUGAACGUGCUGGCCAACGUCAUCCGUAAAGAGCUGGAGCAGAUCUUUUGUCAGUUUGAUUCCAAGCUUGAGGCUGCUGAUGAGGGUUCAGGAGAUGUGAAGUACCAUCUGGGGAUGUAUCACAGACGACUCAACCGUACCACUGGUCGUAACAUCAGUCUGUCACUCGUGGCUAAUCCUUCUCACCUGGAGGCAGUGAACCCAGUGGUGCAGGGCAAGACCAAGGCUGAGCAGUUCUACUGUGGAGACACUGAAGGCAACAGGGUGAUGUCUAUUUUGUUGCAUGGAGAUGCAGCAUUUGCCGGCCAGGGCAUCGUGUAUGAGACUUUUCAUUUGAGUGAUCUGCCCUCCUAUACAACUCAUGGCACAGUGCAUGUAGUGGUCAACAACCAGAUUGGCUUUACCACCGACCCACGUAUGGCCCGCUCUUCUCCCUAUCCUACUGAUGUGGCCCGGGUAGUCAACGCCCCCAUCUUUCAUGUCAAUGCCGACGACCCAGAAGCUGUCAUGUACGUGUGCAGAGUUGCUGCUGAGUGGAGGGCAACUUUCCAUAAAGACGUAGUGGUAGACCUGGUAGGCUACCGGCGCAACGGCCACAACGAGAUGGAUGAGCCUAUGUUCACGCAACCCCUGAUGUACAAGCAGAUAAAGAAGCAAAAGCCCGUGUUGCAGAAAUAUGUGGACAAGCUCAUAGCUGAGGGUGCAGUCACAAGACAGGAGUAUGAGGUAGAAAUUGCCAAAUAUGACGAGAUCUGCGAGGAGGCUUACACUCGCUCCAAAGAUGAGAAGAUCUUGCACAUUAAACACUGGCUUGACUCGCCAUGGCCUGAUUUCUUCACUCAGGAGGGUCAGCCAAAGUCCAUGAGCUGUCCGUCCACCGGCCUGAACGAAGAGGAGCUUGUCCAUAUCGGCAAAGUGGCUUCAUCUAUACCUGUUGAUGGCUUCACUGUACAUGGAGGUCUAAGUCGUAUUUUGAAGAGCAGAUCGGCAAUGGUAGGAGACCGGAUGGCAGACUGGGCUCUGGGAGAAUACAUGGCUUUUGGCUCGCUGCUUAAGCAGGGCAUUCAUGUGCGCCUCAGUGGCCAGGAUGUAGAAAGGGGCACCUUCAGUCACCGGCAUCAUAUACUGCACAAUCAGAAUGAGGACAAGAGAACAUGCAUCCCUAUGAAUCACAUUCAUCAAAACCAGGCCCCUUACACGGUGUGCAAUAGCUCCCUGUCUGAGUAUGGAGUAUUAGGGUUCGAGCUGGGUUUUGCUAUGGCAAGCCCAAACGCACUGGUUCUCUGGGAGGCUCAGUUUGGUGACUUCCACAACACAGCUCAGUGCAUCAUUGACCAGUUUAUCUGCGCAGGCCAAGCCAAGUGGGUGAGGCAGAAUGGUAUUGUCCUGCUUCUUCCACAUGGGAUGGAAGGAAUGGGUCCUGAGCACUCGUCUGCUCGUCCGGAGCGCUUCCUUCAGAUGUGCAACGACGACCCUGAUGUUUUACCUAAAAUCACAGCUGACUUUGCAGUGCAGCAGCUGUAUGAUUGUAACUGGAUCGUGGUAAACUGUUCAACCCCUGCUAAUUACUUCCACGUGCUGAGGAGACAGAUCCUUCAAUCUUUUCGCAAACCUCUAAUAAUCUUCACCCCUAAAUCGUUGUUACGCCACCCUGAAGCCAAGUCCAGUUUUGAUUACAUGCUCUCAGGCACACAUUUUAGGCGUUUGAUCCCAGAAGAGGGUGCAGCAUCCCAGAAUCCAGCUGGAGUAAAACGCAUCAUCUUCUGCACUGGCAAGGUCUACUAUGAUCUAAGCAAAGAGCGCAAGAGCAAAGAAAUGGAGGACACUGUAGCAAUUGCACGCAUCGAACAGCUCUCUCCAUUCCCGUUUGACCUGGUGAAGGCAGAGAUUGAGAAGUACCCACAGGCUGAGCUGGUGUGGUGCCAAGAGGAGCACAAGAAUCAGGGCUACUAUGACUAUGUUAGGCCACGUAUCCGCACGACUGUCGCUCGUAAACAUCCUCUCUGGUAUGCUGGACGUGAACCAGCUGCUGCUCCAGCCACUGGAAACAAGAAGUCUCAUCUCUUGGAGCUGGAGCAAUUUAUGAACAAGGCCUUUAACCUGGAUGUCUUUCGGGACCAGAUUUAAAAGACCUCCUUAAACCCCCUAAACAUAACCACCACUGCCUGCUGGACAGGACCAUCUAUUCAUAUUACACUAUACAGACUAAAGACACUUGGGUAAAAUAGAGCUUCUGAUGGAGUCGGUACCAGCUGAUUAAGUGCCACUGCACUACUGAGCAUCAGGACUGGGUCAUGUGAAGCAAAACUAUUUAGACUUGAAGAGAGAGUGGAUACUGCCUGUGUUAUUUAUUAUAUGGACAUUUAAAGUCUGACACCACAGGAACACAAUCCUUCAGAUGCAACCUUUCAAUUGCUCUGUGUUCCAUGUGUUUAUCAUUAUGUAUAAAUGAACAAACAAAACCAGCAACACCUCAUCGGCUACACAUACCGAUCAGCCAUAACAUUAAACCCACCUCCUUGUUUCUACACUCACUGUCCAUUUUAUCAGCUCCGCUUACCACAAGCACUUUGUAGUUCUACAAUUACUGACUGUAGUCCAUCUGUUUUUCUGCAUGCUUUGUUAGCCCUAUUUCAUCCUGUUCUUCAAUGGUCAGGACUCUCCCAGGACCACUACAGAGCAGGUAUUAUUUAGGUGGUGGAUCAUUCUCAGCACUGCAGUGACACUGACAUGGUGCUGGUAUGAGUGGCUGAGACACAGCAGCGCUGCUGGAGUUUUUAAACACCUCACUGUCGCUGCUGGAUUGAGAUUAGUCCAACCAAAAAUAUCCAGGCAACAGUGCCCUGUGGGCAGCGUCCUGUGACCACUGAUUAAGGUCUAGAAGAUGACCGACUCAAACAGCAGCAAUAGAUGAGCGAUCGUCUCUGAUUUUACCAACUAAGUAGGGGUGUCUAAUAAAGUGGACAGUGAGUGGACACGGUAUUUAAAAGUUUGGAGAUGUUUUAUCAAGAUGAAUAAAAUAUACUUUUAUUUUGCUAUUAACAGGUUGAUACUUUUAAUCGUUUAACUGUUUGCAAAUGAAAUGCUUUGCUUGUGGCUUUAAGCAGUUUAAGAUUGAGUUUUACUCUGUUAAUCCAUAAGCACAUUUAUAUUUUUCUUGAGCCUUCAAUUCUACUUUUGCACCUCAAUGAAUUUUAUUCUACAUGUAUAUUGAUGGAUAAGUCACACACUUAAGCUGCAAAUGAAACAGAUUUUAUUUAUUUUCCUAAUUCUUAAUAGUCUUAAUAUUGUGAGUUCAGCUACAGUGUAUAUACAGUGUAUUGUUCAAUAAAAACAUCUAAUCUUUGACGUUUAAUUUUAUU